CGCACGCAGGCGCGGUGUCUAAUGUUCGGGCGAUGAUAAACGGUUCAAAUUCGACCGUUUUAGCGCUCACGUCUUCGACCAAAGACGCUUCGGGAUGUGCGUCAAGGCGCGCGGGAAGCCGCCGUCGCGCUCGGAGGGCACAAGAGAGGCGUGUGCGCAGUUUCCUCGCGCGCGGCUCUCGCAUCCGUUUCUGGCAGUGACCUCGUCUUCACCGGCGACGGAAACGGCACAGUGUACGCGUGGGAUUGGCGCAGAUCCUCAGGGGGGGCGCUCGCGAGCGCGCGCGCACAUCGCGGAUGCGUCAACGCGAUUUCCCCGGUGUCGAACGCGCGAAACGGCGCGGACGUCGUCGCGAGCGCGGGCGAGGACGGCGUCGUUCGCGUGCUAUCCCUCGACGGACAUCUUGGCGGCGCGAUCGCGCUUCACGGACACCUCGGCCCGGUCACGUCCCUCGCGACUGUUCGCUACGGCGGCGCGAGCGGCGACGGGUUUGGAACGUCGCGGAAAAAUUGGAACGGCGACGACGCGCGCGACGCCGCGCUUCGAGACGCGCACCUUGGGGCGACGCUGACGUAUUCCGGUUCCUCGGGGAGCCUUUUCGGCAGAUCGAGCGGAUUCAGCAGCGGACACGACGCGAACGAGGGUUACCCGGGGUUAGGGCUCGUCUCCGGGUCUGUGGACGGCGCCGUCGCGAUGUGGUCGCGCGUCCGGACAGGCGACGGCAGCGGCGGCGAGUGGCGUUGCGUCGGAAGAGCGCACGCGCACGCGGCCGCGGUCGCCGCGGUCGAAGCGUACGUCUCUCACCGCGACGACGGCGGCGGUGGCGUCCUCACCGCGGCGUGGGAUAA